UAGCUCCCCGUUCAUUAAAAUUAAAAUGCUUAAGUAACUAACUGAGCGGAACGAUCUGACUUUUAAAACAUGUCAGAAUUACUUUUCCAGUUUGCUUGAGAAUUACGGUUGAAGUUAUCCCUAUUUGGUGUUAUGGCAUUAACUCCCAUUAGAACACAAUGACCCUUUUUAUUUUUGUGCACUAAGGGCAAGAGACGAGGAGAAAAAAGAUUUUCUGACGCCAGGAUGUCUACGGGUCAUGUGAACAACAAAUCUGUGAACUAGGCGUCACUAAUUAUUUACAAGACGCCAGUGAAAGGCUGGGAACUAUAAACUGUCUUACUUUAAGGAGUGUUAAUGCGCUGUUCUUGGGCUCUUGUUUGUGUUGAGACAAGCAAGUGAGGAAAACGCAGGCAUUUUUUCAGGGAGACUAUCUAGGCAGCCAUUUGGGAUUUGUGCCGAGGUUUCACAUCUGACUGCACUUUCUCCGCCACUACUUCCUCAUUCCUCGAGUUACCUCGCAACCCGGCGUGAUUUGGGAGCCAAUGGGAAGCGAGCGCUGGCCUGACCACGCCCAGGACUAUUGCGGCCGACCUAUUCAUUGGCUCUAAGGAACAUGAGGGUUUGUUUGUAAGGUGGGCAUGGGUGGGGCUACGGCAAGGGUGUAGUAUAAAACGGCAGCAUCCGCGCAGCACGGAGUAUUCACACCGAUUAUUGUGGGUGUAGAGGAACGAGGGGGAAAAAAAACACAAAAAAACGGACUCCAGCCUUUGGGAUUUGUGAUACCUGGUAACUGUUUGUGACACGCUUGUCUGGUACAGAAAUACGAUUUCUGUGGCUUCUGUGAUCUACUCUUCCUAGUGCGUCGCUGUUGUUGGUUUGCUGCGGAUUAUAUGAUGAAGGCCAUCAGCCCAGUCCGGUCGGUCAGGAGCUGUUACGAAGCUGUGUGCUGCGUGUCGGAGCAGAGUCUCGCCAUCUCCCGAAGUAAAAACCCCGUGGAUGAGCCCAUGACCGUGCUGUACGACAUGAAUGACUGCUACUCUAAACUGAAGGAGCUCGUUCCGAGCAUCCCGCAGAACAAGUCCGUCAGUCAGGUGGAAAUACUGCAGCACGUCAUCGACUACAUCUUCGACCUGCAGAUCGCUUUGGAAAGCGAAUCUCCCGACAAGACACCGGAGGUUGUGCUGUCCCUAAAGGCAUCGGACUUCGCUUGCGAUUUAUCGGAAGAUAGCAGGGGGUUGAGCGACUAACCAGACCGCACCGUCGCUUCCUACAGAACACACGGUGCGCCGUGACACAAGGCUCCAGUCCAGGCUACGUGUGGAGGAGGAGGAGGGGUUAGGCGGCGAGAGUCGCCCGGCAGAGACGGGGUGGGCUCCUGCUGACAAGCUUAACGACCGCACUUCCGGCUAUCGCGCAUCGGACUCUCCAAAGCCCCUGAUCUGUUUUUAAGAACCGACAAAGCUUGUCCUGACUUCCCCCCCCCCCCCUCAGUCCCUUUAAACCACUUUUUAUACAUUUAAUAUCACCUUCCACUUAAACUUGUAAGUUGCUGCGGAGGGCUGUUCUUCCCAUGUAUGAUCUUUCUCCCUGUCCCAAAGUGAUUGCUGAUUUGUCUAUAAGGUUAUUUUGGGGAGCCCUUUUUUUUCUCCCCCGAGUUGUGCUAUAAUGCAUCUAGGUCACAAUGAAAUUGUAUAUACCAAAUUUUUUAAGGGGGGUAUCAGAGGUGGGAGGGGGUGGGUGGGCUUUAGGGAUACUACCCAAAUGUUAAUUACAACUCUAUAAUAGAGUUGAUUCUGGCUGUUUGUAGAGAUGUGGAUUUCUACAGACUGUGUCUAUAUGCCGAGUUUUAUAAACUUUUUAUAAAAGUAUGCUUUACAUUUACCUUUUUACAUAAUAAACAGAAAAGAAGGCUA